UGAGAGGUCGUGGAGUACAGGAUUUGAGGUUGCUGCUAUAGUACGCCAGUGUGCGCAUUUGGCCCCUCCCUAAAAGCACGCCAUUUUUACUUGACCUUUCACUGUUGAAGUACACAGAGUGAGAGGUUGCUCUGUGUCUUUCCCUCGUUAAAUAAACUUCCAGCGAAGCACAAGAAGAAAUGUAUAUUUACAUCACUUGCACUUUGUCUCUUAUAUACAUAUAAGAGAGAGAAAUCAGUUUGGCAUCGAGAGAUGAACAAAAGCGGCAAUUGGAAGGAAUGCUCCAUUAAUUCGGCGGCAGUAGAGUUUCUUGGGUUUCUGAAGGAAUGAACUCUAUGUAGGAGGGAAAAACAGAUUUGGAGAAAGAUGAGUAAUAGAGUCAAGACUACGCUGCAGUCUACGAAAGCUCCAGCCAUGAGAGAAAAAGAGAAGUUGGAAAUGCAGCGAAGCAAGCUGAAGGAUGCCACAAAAGCAAAGACAACUCUGCAAAGAUCGAGCAAAGAGCGGAAAUUGGCUUUGCAGAAAGAUGUUGAUAAGCUAAAGAACAAACUUAGACAUGAAGAGAAUGUCCACAGAGCUCUGGAAAGGGCUUUUACUAGACCUUUGGGAGCUUUACCUCGCCUCCCUCCGUAUCUUCCUCCUUCUACUCUAGCACUUCUUGCUGAAGUGGCUGUUUUGGAAGAGGAGGUUGUUCGGCUUGAGGAACAGGUUGUUCAUUGUAGGCAGGACUUGUAUCAGGAAGCUGUAUACAUAUCAUCCUCCAAAAGUAACAUGGAAAAUUUAGUGGAUUUGUGUCGUCCAUACCCAAAUAAGAAUAUGAAACCUGAGGAAUCCAAGGCCAUAGCUAGAAAUAUGGUUGAAUAUGCAGCAUCCACGACAAGGCAUUUGCCGUCUCUUUCUGAUGAUGUUCGUGGGAAAGAGAACCAAUCUUGUUGUAAUUCUACAAAGAACAGUCAGGAAUCCUUAAUCUGCAGAGCCCAAACAGCAAAAACUCCAGUGAAGAAACCUCCCAUUGAUGAUAAACCACUUGAAAAGCAUACAGAUCCUCAGAAAUUACGGCUAGAAACUAGAGUAACAGACAAAGAUAAUGCAGAAGCCAUAAAUCAUAGUAAUCAUGAUGAAAGAUUAUCAGGAGACGACAGCCCAAACAAAAUUUCUGAGAAUAUUGUGAAAUGCCUUUCAAAAAUCUUCUUAAGAAUGAGUCCAGCAAAGAAUGGAAGCAUUGCAGAAAAUUUAGCUUUCUUAUCAUCAUCCUUGUCUCAAGCAAGCUGUGAAGAAAUUGAGCAUCGUGAUCCUUAUGGUAUCUGCUCAAAGUUUGGACAAAGAGAUAUUGGCCCAUACAAAAAAAUUUGUGCAGUUGAAGGUGGCUCGAUAAAUCCGAACCGGACAUCAAAUUCUUUGUUCCUAAGGCGUAGACUGAAGCUCCUCCUUGAGAAACUUGCAUUGGUCGACUUACAGAACCUCACUCAUCAAGAGAAGCUUGCAUUCUGGAUUAACGUCUACAAUUCUUGUAUGAUGAAUGCAUUCCUAGAACAUGGAAUACCAGAGAGUCCAGAGAUGAUUGUUUUACUAAUGAGAAAGGCAACAAUAAAUGUUGGAGGACACUUGUUAAAUGCGAUAACUAUUGAGCAUUUCAUCCUCAGACUGCCUUAUCAUGUGAAAUAUACCUUUGCAAAGGGCGCGAAGAACGAUGAAAUGACUGCAAGGAGUGUAUUUGGACUGGAGCUAUCCGAACCAUUGGUAACAUUUGCCCUCUCUUGCGGAAGCUGGUCCUCCCCUGCUGUGAGAGUAUACACUGCAUCUGAGGUUGAGAAUCAACUAGAAACUGCCAAGAGGGACUACUUACAGGCCGCAGUUGGAAUUUCAUCGAGGACGUUUGCAAUCCCAAAGCUGUUGGAUUGGUAUUUACCCGACUUUGCAAAGGACCUGGAAUCAUUACUUGACUGGAUCUCCCUUCAAUUACCAAGCAAUAUUGGAAAAGAAGCAAUUAAGUGCCUGGAGAGAGGGAAGAGUGAGCCUGAUUCACAGUUUGUCCAAGUGGCACCAUAUAGCUUCAGUUUUAGGUAUCUUUUAUGCAUAUGAAUACAUUCUGCUUCAUUGGAAUUUUUGGCCUAUAUAUAUAUAUAUAUUUAUUUGUACAUACAUAUAUCAACCAUGAAGGUAUAAUUUGGUGGUUUUCUUGUAAGUAGAUGUAAGGCCAUGCUCUUUAAUGUUAAUAAACCUGCAUGCUCUUCUGCUUGGAAGGAGCUGCUUUACAAAUAAGAUGUGAUUAGUUGCUGCA